CAAAAUAAAAACAAAACGGCCACUCGGCGAGGUCAACUGGAUAAGAACGCCCCACGAACGGCUUGUUGCUGAGCCAUUGCAUUCAACCAACUCGCGCACAGUUGACGUACUGUUCCGCGCAAUCAACUCGCAACAUCCGCAGUUAUCUCGCGACGAUGCCACCAAAGUAUACCUACGUGAAAUUUCUUCUCGUUCAGUUCUAUUUCCUGCUGAGUGCACAUUUAGGUUGGGCUGCAUACUCUAUUCCUGAGUUAACUUUUGAAGCAUUAACUCCUACCGGCUUAAGAGUAUCCAUACCAGAUGAACCCGGAAUUCGACUAUUAGCAUUCCACGGAAGAAUCAAUGCUGAAUUAAGUGAAGGGCAACCAGGAGAAUUGCACAAAGAAGUUAGGAAAGCAACCAAUGGAAGAUGGGUCUAUGAAGACCCAGAUGUCGUACUUCACGUUGGGGAUACCAUCGGAUACUGGGUGUUUGUACAGUAUAAGAACUUUGGAUUUAGGAAAGAUAAUUUGAUAUGGCGUGUAGAAGAACUGGGCACAAAGAGCCGAACAGGAGAAACAAAUUGUGAAAAAUCGAAAACAAUUGUAAAUGGUAAAACUGUAUGUAAAGAUGAUUUAAUCUUCCUUGAUAGUUUUGAAAGACUAGAUCAUGAUAAGUGGAUAGUUGAAAAAUAUAUCCCACUUUCAGGACCUAAUUUUGAGUUUAAUUACUAUUCACCGAAUUCUGUUGCUGUGGAAGAUUCUAAAUUGAAAAUAUCACCAAUACCAAAGAAUAAUGAAGCAGAUAUAAGAGGAACAUUGGAUUUAACAUCAGGUUGUACAAGACCAAAUAAUUGUAUUUUCCAACAACAAGGUCCUUGGUAUCUGCCUCCUGUACAAUCAGGCAUGAUCACAUCAAAACUUACUUUUAAAUAUGGCCGGAUUGAAAUAGACGCUAAAUUGCCAUGUGGUGAUUGGAUAUAUCCAGAAAUCAGUUUAAUACCAAAAGCAUACCAAGAAAAUGCAAAUAAAUCGAAAAUUGUCAUAGCGUAUUCACGAGGAAAUACAGCGUUGCUUUCCGCCAACGGAGAUGACAUUGGAGGAAAACUAUUAUUUUCCGGAUAUUCAUCGAAACCCGAGGAACCAGACCGUAGUAAAUUUUUACGAUCCACACGAAGUAAUGAACCUUAUUGUCGCAGAAAGCACAGAUUUACUCUUAUUUGGGGACCAGAUGAAAUAUUAUCAUAUAUUGAUGGUGAUUCGAAUCCGUUUGGACGAAUUGACAUGCGGGAUCAUACCGACAUAAGACAUGAAGAAUGUUUUAUUAGUUUGGGUGUGUCAGUUGGCGGAAUCAACGACUUUCCAAAUUAUUACACAUCCACCGGUGGGAUUGUAAAACCGUGGAAAAACAAAGACAUUCUUCAGUUGAAGGAAUUUUUUGCAGCGCGAGAUAAAUGGCUUCUCACCUGGGCGUUGGGCAAUUCUUUGGAAGUGGACACGGUGCGCGUUUACGCUGUGUAUUUCCUCAAAUAUUUUGUAUUUAUCAACGGACAAUUACAUUUACCUCAUAUUCAUGUAGGAUUAUUAGAAUCAUCAAAUCUUGGAUUAUUUCAUCAUCAUGACGAUGUUCAUCAUAAAAAUAAAAAAUUUCAAGUUACGCCGCUGUUCGAACCAUUGUCUCCAAAAGGUUUUCGCGUAUCUAUUAGAGGAACACAAUAUGCGUACGCCAAAACCAGUUCGAUAGAGUAUAAAACCAGACGUAUAAAAACAACAGUCUCGCGGCUCGUGCAAACCACCGCACGGCAGUAUCAUGUCGUUGAUGUAGUUAAUCGGACGUUGGAGACUGUAAAAACCCAUAUUAGCGACACAACAUCAAUCAACAUGCAGCAAUAUCUCAUUUGUGUGAUAUUCGUUGCCUGUUUGGCGGGAGGUCAUGGACAAUUUGAAGUUCCGCAAGCCCUUUUUAAACCAAUGUCACCGCAAGGGUUUCAAGUAUCAAUUCCAGAGAAAACACGAUUCGGUUUAUUCGGUUUCCAAGGAAGACAAAACACACACCAAAACACACGAUUUGAUCACACAAAAACACGGCAAGCAGAUGAACCAGAAGCAUUCACAGUACCACCAGCACUAAUUGAACCACUAUCGCCGAAAGGCUUUCGCGUUUCUAUACCUGAUCAACCCGGAAUCAAACUGUUUGCCUUUCAUGGUAAGCUCAAUGAAGAAAUGAAUGGCCGUGAAGGUGGUACAUAUUCGCGUGACAUUAUCAAGGCUAAAGAUGGCCGCUGGACAUUUAUUGACAAAACGACACGAUUGCGUCCAGGCGAUGUAAUCUACUACUGGACUUACGUGGAUUACUUUGAUGGCGAACGCAAGUUAGGAUAUGUGAAUGAUGAUCAAAGCUAUACCGUCACAGAGUUGAUUCCGGACAAAACUGUGACCACCACAACGGCACGCACGACCACAACCAAAGCUCCGAUAAACAAUCCCAGUUGUCUUCCUACUGCGACUAAAGUCAAUGGCAAAAAGUCCUGUUCUGGUAAAGUAAUAUUCCAAGAGAAGUUUAACAAUAAUUUUAUGGCAAGAGGAAUUGAUAAAUGGACCAUUGAAUGCCAGUUUGCUGGUAGUCCUGACUAUGAAUUUGUGCUUUAUAAUAACGAUGAAAGAAACAUUUACGUAAAGAAGAAUCUGCUUCAUAUUCAACCGUCGCUGACCAAUGAUAGAUUCGGGACAAAUUUUGUUGAUUCUGGGGAAGGCCUUGACCUUGGCACAAACUGUACGGGUACUCCGGGAACUCUUCAUUGUGAACAGAAACCUCUGGGUUUUGUGAUUCUACCACCAGUGUUAUCAGCACGCAUGAAUACAAAAGACGCAUUUUCUUUUGCGUAUGGAAUAAUUGAAGUGCGUGCUAAGUUGCCAAAGGGUGACUGGAUCUACCCGCAAAUCUUUCUGAAUCCAAAGAAACGUGAAUACGGACGUGGUUAUGAAUCAGGACAAAUUCGAAUUGCUUUCCUUCCGGGUAACAGUCACAAAAGCACAAAGUUGUAUGGCGGUGUUAUUCUGGGUUCAAGUUUGGGUGGACGGUCUUACGCUAUGAAGAGUGUUGAUGCUCCGACUGGAUCAUGGUCUGAUGACUUCCAUGAUUUUACUGUCAAGUGGGAACCGGAGAAGAUUACUCUCAUGGUGGAUCAUGAGGUCUAUGGUACAAUCACACCCGAAGAGGGAGGUUUUGCAUCAUUGGAAAAGGAAUUAGGACUUACUGGAGCAAGCAGAUGGAACAGUGGAACAGUAUUUGCUCCUUUUGACCAAGAAAUGUAUAUUUCAAUUGGUGUUGGCGUUGGUGGGCAUACAUUCCCCGAUGAACCUACUAAACCCUGGGUAAACAACGAUCCCAAGAGUCAGAAAGUGUUCUAUCGGGCAUUGAGCACUUGGUAUCCAACAUGGAAUAAAGAUAGUGUGUUGCAAGUUGAUUCUAUUCAAGUGUAUGCUCUGACUGUUGCUGCUGCAACUGUUAAACAACGUAUUGAGAACAUGACUUCAAUUCUUAAUAACGUUAAAGUGUUUGCACUUUUCUACAUUUACUUAUUUACCAAUUUAGUCAACACAAAAGAAACAGAAAGCAAUAAAUGCAUAAGAUCAGGAACAAGUUAUAACGGUGAAAUGGUUUGUCAAGGUGCUUUGAUAGUCCAAGAGUUAUUUUAUGACUUGAACCAGAGCGUGUGGACAAUUGAAAAAUACAUUCCCCAAGAACCGAACUUCGAGUUUAAUUAUUAUUCAUCUGAUAGUGUCUAUAUCCAUGGAGGCUCUACAUUAAGAAUUACACCAGUGUCCAUUGAUUUCAACGAAGACGUCAAAGGGACACUGAAUUUAACAAAAGGUUGCACACGUUCUGAUCCAAAUGAAUGUUUUUAUGAACACAUGGGAGCUCAGCUUUUGCCAUCUGUUAAAUCCGGAAAAAUUACCUCAAAAUUCACAUUCAAAUAUGGGCAUGUUUUGAUAGAAGCAAAGCUUCCGUGUGGGGACUGGAUUGUACCAGAAAUUAGUCUCACACCAACGAACCAUCAUCUAACACCGAACAACUCAAAAAUUAUAAUUGCAUACUCGCGUGGAAAUGCGAAUUUGCGUUCUGUAAAUAGUAAAGACAUUGGAGGGACCCUUCUAUUUGCUGGAUUUUAUUCGAAUGUUAGUGAACCUAUAGUGCCUGGAGGCAAUGCCAACUUAGGAUAUAAACGAAAUGUUGAAUCGUUUUGUCGUAAAAAACACUAUUUUAAAUUGGAGUGGAAGCCAGACUCCAUAUUGGCAUUUGUUGAUGAUGAAAGCGUGCCGUUUGCACACAUAGAUAUGCGAGGACAAACCGAAGACGCAGAAUAUUAUAUUUCAUUGGGUGUGUCAGUUGGCGGAAUCAAUGACUUCCCUGAUAACUACGUAUAUAGUAAUGAUUACAAGAAACCAUGGAAGAAUAAGGACGUCCUUCAAAAGAAAUCUUUUUACACAUCGCGGAAUACUUGGAGAUCCACUUGGUCACAGAAGAAUUCUUUGGAAGUGAAAAUGGUACGCGUGUAUGCUUUGUAAACCAUUGGAUUUAUUAAUCAUGAAGAAGUGAGGAAUAAGUGUAGGAGUUUAAGGUCAUUUUCAGAUUGUUGCUUGAAAUAUCCAACACAGAUAAUUUUGUUUAAAAAUAUUUUUUCAGUGUUUUUGAAUUAGAUAACCCUUGUAAUCUAUGAUAACCUAAAUUGUAUUUUUUAUCGUCAUCUACAUUUACUUGAAAAUAUAAUUUACAAAAGCAAAA